AUCUCUUAUCACAACAAACACUAAAUUCUCUUACCAUCAUUGUUUUCAAACUGUUUGCUACAAUGGCUUCAAAUUCAUCUUGGACAACAAAGCAGAACAAAAAGUUUGAGAAUGCUUUGGCCAUCUAUGACAAGGACACACCAGACAGAUGGCAAAAGCUAGCAAAGGCUGUUGGAGGAAAGACAGUGGAAGAGGUGAAAAGACAUUAUGAGAUGCUGGUUGAAGAUUUGAAACAGAUUGAAGAAGGUCAUGUUCCAUUACCAAAAUACAGAAAUGCUCAAACCAUAAGAGAAAGUAGCAUCAAAAUUAGUUACACUCUUACUGAUGAAGAACAAAGGUUGAAGUUUCUAAGCAUUCAGUGAGGUAGUAAUCAACAGAAGCAGACCUAAAUUGGUUUACAUGUUGUAUAUUAUAUUAAGUUUCAGUUAAAUUCAUUUUAAUUUCUGUUUUGGAUGAAUAAAAAUGAUGAUAGCUUAUUUAAAAAGCAACGUAGAGGAGCUUCUAAGCUAAGUGUGUUUGUGUUCAAGUAUGUGUUUAUAUUUGCUAAAAAAAUUUAAUAUAAUUAUUAAGACUAAUUAUUAAGAUAUCCAAAUUUGGUUACUUGUUGAAUCAAGAGGGAGCAAUAUAAAACAUGCAUAUAAUUAAACAAGUUUAUCUAAAGUGAAG